GCCAGGACACAAUACCUAUUAACGUAACCACAGUCUGAAGUUACAACACAGAACUCACAGCUACACGUUCAACCCGAUGUAAUGCCCUCCCGGCGCACAGCCGGUAGCUCGGCCAGCAAACGACGCAAACAUUCUUUGGGCAAUUUACGUCGUGCACAUCCAGCCUCAGGUGCAACAUGGAAUGUACAGGUGGUACGUGGCAAAAUGUCAUCCAAAUGCCUGUGGCAUGCAUGUCGCGCCCUGAUUUUGGGUGUGACAUUGCUGCUGCUCGGCGCGGGAAUGGCGACAUUAGGUUACUACGCCGACUAUUUAUCAAUCGGCUCAGAAUUACGAGGUAAUGCCACAGUCCGGGUUAAAAACGAUCUCAAAGGAUUUCAUCUCAAUAAUUUUUCCUAUGUGGGUCCCAUUGUCAUGGGAUUCGGAGGAUUCAUUGUGGUGGCAUCGUGCGUCAUGACCUUUGAGGCCAGAGACUCAGCGGCCAAAGUUGUGCCAGCCCGUUUCAGGGCUGGCGUCAAUGGCAGUAAAAUUACAGUGCGCAGCAAUCAGAGUAGUUCGGCAUCCCAGAGACGUGCAAUAGGUCUUCAAUACCAAACCACGCGAUGGGAUCAACAAUUUGGAGUAUUUCGAUCAUCUCCCGCAACCGAACAGCCACAGGCAACACCUGCCCCCUUCGACCGUGAAGCUCUAACGGCUGAAUUAAUAAAAUUCUCGAAAACCUUGAGUGCAUCUGCUCGCUUUUCACCAAAACUGAGACGUCUCUCCUACACUGGUUCUGUGCCUAACCUCUCCACACAUCAUGCCUCCUCAUCAACACUCGCCUAUUCCACUAAUAUAUCACAUUUACUUUCGCCGAAUCACAAAACCCUGCUGUUGACGGAACACAAACGGCACCGAACCCAUCGCCAUCAUCACCAUCACCACCAUCAUUCUCACCACCACAACCAACGUCCCGCAACAAAUGCCAACUCCAACUCAACUCCCACUACCAACACCUCCACAUUCACGCAACUGACGACGGCGACUCACAACAGUGGGCGCCAGGUCAAGAAUCGUGGUACCCGUAUUAGUAAUAGUUUAAUUCAAAGAGCCACCCGAGAGAGUACCUCCUCGAUGCAGUGUGCUCUGCUGCAGCCGCCCAACAACAAACUGCAGUGGCAUCAUGCGGCAUCGUUCGACGAGAGUUGCCGGGUGGCAAAUGAAAAGCAAAGAGAGCGGGUGGCUGAGCGUACCAAGCGUUCGGACACGGCCAAAAGGCAUGUGCUGGCACGUCAGAAGCCCAUCGAACAUGAGGAGGAUAAACCGAUUGUUUCAAGUCCAUUGGGUAAUCGAAGAUGUUCCACAAUGUCCGACUCAUCGUACAGUGGCCGCUGGACGGUCCGUUGCGCUUCAAUAGCCAGUCGAACGUCGAUUGUUAGUCGGGCAUCCAGCAUAGAUUCACGAAGGAUACAGGUCGAUUUACAUAGUCCGGAGGUGGUGCCAAAGUCAAUACUGCGUUCACCCAAACGCUAUAGUUCCGGUCCAUCAACCACACCAUCGGUGGAAAAAGAAUUUAGAAGUCAACUAUCUGUUUGUUCAGAACCUCCUGCCCCAAUACGUCAACUCUCCGGUCAAUCCAGCCUGGAACCAUGCCUACCCGAAGAGGGAUUGGAACAUUAUGACGAAAAUCUACAAACUACACAGGCAGAGUCCCUGUCGUCUAUAACCGCAACACCCACCACUGUUAAUCCCGUCGAUCCGCCACCUCCACCCACAAAUGCUGACUUGAAAUCACCCACGGCUUCUGGGGUAUUGAAAAAAGCCCGACCCGACUCUCUACCGCUGAUGGGCAAUGCAGCGCUGGUUGAAUUAACCAAAUCGUUGCCACAGCACGAACGUAUUAAGAAUCUGCAUCGAAGUCACUCCUCCCGGACCUAUGAUCGCCCCAGGGUACAAAAACCAGCCGAACAUGACGAUUCGAUAUUCUACAUUCGUUCGGAUCAUCGAAAUUUGGAACACAACAACGACUUCUACGAUCAGAUUAUUAACGAGCGACGUUCGACAUUGCUGAAGGCCGACAGUGAAACUGCUCUGGCCGAACGAAAGCAAAGCUCAUUGUCAAUACCGGAGAAAAUCAUGGAACAAUGUAAUCAAAAUUCUACGGAAGUGGAUGCGGAUACGGCAGAUAUGGAGGGCUCUAAACCGCAAAAUGAGGCUGUCGAUGCAAUUGUCCUACAAAUUGAAGAAGAAAUGAAUGCGGCGAAAACGGCAGCGGCGGCAGCAUCAUCCUCAUCAUCGUCAGAUCCACUGCAACAAGUGUAAGGCGUAGAAUGCACCAUGCGACAACAAACAAAUACUAUUUCUUUUGAAAAGAAACAAAAUCGAGAAUUACUUUACAACUGAAAGUUGUGUAGACAACAUAAGAACAACAAAGUUUUAGACCGCUUUUGUUUACACGGUUCCACAGAUACACAUACCAUUUUAAACAAAACCCACACCCUGGCAAAGAAUCUAACCCACCCAACGCCCGCAACUACAAGUGGGCGCCUAGUAGAAUUAAAUCAACAGACAACAACAAACAAAGGAUGUUGCAAUUGACUUUAUUUUGUAGGUAAGUGUUCUAAAUGUAUUUCAAAUAGUUUUAGUGUAAGAGAAUUCAUAGCGGAAUAUCUAUUCAAACACUUAUACACACUCCCUGACAUAAUACACAUUAUUGAAUUUAAUAUUUGUAGUAUUGUACUCUAUGUUGAAAAUUGUCUUCAAAAUAAGCAAACCAUCAAGCCUUCUUUACAGAGCAAUAUUCUUAAAUUUAUUUUUAUUUUUCGAAAUCACAAAAAAUAAACACCAUCUCUGGAAAAAAAAAUCAAAAGUUCCAGGAAUUAAAAUAGUGUACUCAGUUACUCCGAAAUUGUAUGUCAAAUUGUCAACAAUUCUUUUGAAAGCAAUAUUAUAUUCUCAGAAAAGAUCAAGAGAUUGCAUAUGAUUUUAUAUAGAAUUUUCGGAUCGGCAUAUAG